AUGCCGAACGUCUUCAGUUUCGUCGUGCCUAUCUACAUGAGCGGCCAUGGAUGCAAUAACAUAUUUCGCCAACGUAUCGCUCCAGCCUGGUGCGUGAAGCCGAAGGACGACAACUACACCAUGGACAUCGUGCCGACGAAGAUGAAGCUGGAUAUUCCCGAAAGCCUCCGUCUCGGACCCACGGCGGCGAAGCAUAUCGAUGUGUCUGUCAGUCUUCUUCACGGUCUGCCCGAGAAGGAUCUGCCCCAGGGGCAGCUCAUGCCGCAGGGCAUCCUGCUGACCCGUCCCAGCUUCGCCGACGAGGUUCUGAAGUCGGAGAAGAAGACGAACGCCAAGGCCAUCGAGAAGCUGACCGAUGAAUUCUUGAGCUUCAUGGGGGUCGGGGCCGCAGCGGACCAGAUGAACCGCAAGUCGAAGGCGAGUGCUGCGAAGGCAGCGCGCGGCUCCGGCGACGCCAGUGGCGAGGAGGAGGAUGAGGGCGAGGAAGUCGAGAACUCCGCAGCAGCAAAGACUGCUGUCAAGUAUCUCACGCGCUAA